AACCGCCUCCGCGAUCUACCAUCCAACGUUCGGUGCGUGUGCCAGACGCGUGCUCGCCGUUUCUGCCUCUUUCGUGGACCAACCUGCCUGCUUGUUCUCCGAACGAACCACCGCAGACUCCACCGAUCCGCGUCCCCGUGUCUCUUCUAGUCAGUCAGCCAUCGGAGUUUCCGCGCGCGGCCGUGUCUUCGUCUUCGAAGGUGGACCAAGUCUAGCGGCGAGAUCGAGAUCGAAUACCAUUCUAUCUUUUUCCUCGCGAAUCGUUCGAAUCGUUAACCGUGUAGUGCGGGUUUACAUUUCGGUAACAGUCGCUUGAGAAUCCUCUCAAACCCGCGCGCACGAUAAGGAACCUUGAUGGUCGGCUGGUGAAUGUGCGCGAUCAACGAUCAGUGAUCAACCAAAGGAUCAUCAAUCGAGAUGGAAACUCGUCACGCUAACGGUAUACCGUCGGCGACGGAAACGGAGGCUGGACCAUCGAACGGCGAGCAAUGCAGCGGUUCCAGCAACUCGCUGGACGACGCAGUGGGCAAACUACUUCAAGGUUACGACUGGACCUUGCUUCCGGUCACUUCUCGCGCCGGAGGACGAAGGAGCGCUCACGUGAAACGUCCGAUGAACGCGUUCAUGGUUUGGGCCCAAGCGGCGAGACGCAGGUUGGCUGAUCAAUACCCUCAGCUUCACAAUGCCGAGUUAUCCAAGACGCUUGGAAAAUUGUGGAGAAUUCUGAGCGACGGUGAGAAGCAACCGUUCAUCGAGGAAGCUGAGAGACUGAGGAACGCGCACAAAAAACAGCAUCCGCAUUACAAGUAUCAACCGCGGCGACGGAAACCGAAACCGGAAGAGCAAAUGGGCAUCGUGAUGCAUCGGACUACACUUUCGUCUUCGGCCACUUCGCUCGACUCUGCCAACUCGUCCGACUGCACGUACCCUCGUCUCUAUCCACCGGAAACCGGCAUGAAAACGUACGACAGACCGAGUUACCACGACACCAAAACCACCUACGAUCUCUCCAGGUCUUCCUGGCCGAACGACUCGGCCAAGUACCCGAUGGAUCAUCCGACGGACAAACCGUACGACGGUACGAGAUACGAGGCGAGCGUGGCCAAAAGCUACGUCGAGUCGAAGUGUUACGAGACCGUGAAAUACCACGACGUGUCCACCGUACCAAAGUAUCACGAGCCGAUUCCGAAAUACUCGGAACUGCAGGCGAAAGCUUACGAUUUGCCAAAGUACCCGGACAGCUUGAAAUACGCGGCCGAUGUUACGAACCCGACGAAACCAUACGCCUGUCUACACAGCCAAUAUUACUCAGCCCCGUGUACAGAAGGGUACACCGUGCACGAGGAGAACGAUUAUCAAACGCAACCGGUAUCGAGCCAUUCAUUUUAUCCGUACAUUUCCGCGUCCAUGGCCCAACCGCCCUACUACAUGGGACCUAGGUAGAAUUUUCUCCUUU